AUGGACCAGUGGAAGAAGUUCACCAGCAAUGUCGGACCUCAGUUCCAAAACAUCGGCAAGACCUUCGGCAACCUCAACCAGCAGGCUCGCGAGCGCUUCGGCGCCGUCGACCAGGAGGACAUCACCGAGCUGCCCCAGGAGUACAAGGACCUCGAACGCCGCGUCGAUGCGCUCAAGGCCGCCCACACCGGCCUCAUGAAGGUCGCCAAGGUCUACGAGACCGAGAGCUACGACUACCCAACUCAGCUCCAGGAGAGCAUCACCCAGCUCUCUGCCAGCGUCGGACACAGCGUCACCUCGUGGGCUGCCAGUGCCACGCGCGGCACCAACCUGCCCAAGGUCUCGCCCACCGCGCGCCCGCAGAAGGUCAACAAGACGCUCCACCACGCCCUCUCGCGCGCUGCCGCCAGCGGUGCGCUCCAGCUCGGCGCCGACGCCUCCAACCUGUCCGGCCUGCCCAACCUUGAGACGGCGCAGGCGCCCGGCUCGGACGCGCCCGUCAAGGACGACUCGAAGCUCGGCGAAGCGCUCCAGAAGUUUGCCAUCGCAGAGGACCGUCUGGGCAACGCGCGCUUGACACAGGACGACCAGAUCACGCAGGGCUUCAACGUGCCUUUCAACUCGUUUGGCGCCCAGAUCGCGCUCGCCAUGAAGGCGCGCCAGAACGUCACCGACGCACGCCUCCACCUCGACAGCUGGAAGCAGUCGCUCAAGACCGCCGAAAACGCCGGCGCCUCCGCAAAGCUCGAGCAGUACCGCAACGACGUCGAGCAGGCCGAGGACAAGCUCGUCGCCUCCACCGAGGAGGCCAUCAGCCUCAUGAAGCAGGUGCUCGAAAACCCAGAGCCCAUCAAGAGCCUCAGCGCUUUUGUCAAGGCUCAAGCCGAGUACCACGCUGCUGCGGCCGAGCUGCUCUCGUCGGUGCAACAGGAGCUCGCGCAGCUCGCCACCUCGGUCGAGAGCGACUACCGUCUGUCGCGCGGUUGA